UACAGCCAUACCCGAGGGCCACUUGGCGAUCCAACGCACGCGCCAACUAUGGAUGCCCCGUCUAUGGCCCCCAUUUCUAUAAUUGCUCCCGCCCGCUCGUAGGGCAGACUGCCAACGGGUUUAUCUUGGGUAUGAUUCCCUGAAUCCUGAAAAUGGAGGAAAAAUUUAUAUCACUUUUGUGCAAUGGAGUUUCGACACUUGAGCCCGGGCCAGCGGCCGAAUCAUAGCAGCCACGGGUCGAAUACGUCGCUUCGCCGCUCUGAGACAGACAGUUUACUCUCAUCGAGAAGCACUCCCCAAGCUCUGCUGCCUACAAUCAGACAACACCCCAAGGUCGCGUGGGCCACGGUGGGGUUAGCAUCCGUGUUCCUGCUAGGUGGAUACGACUCCGUUAUCGUCACCACCGUCCCGUCCGUGCCCCAGUUCCAGAAGGACUUCGGCGAACGCUAUGACAACCGACAUAUCAUCCCUUCGAUGUGGCUUUCUCUCUGGUCGGCCCUGCCGUGCGUUGGGAACAUCGCGGGCGCGCUCAUGGCUGGCUGGGCGCAGGAUCGAUUCGGGCGCCGAUGGCCGUUCGCCAUUGGCAGCGUAUUGUCUGCGGUCGCUGUCGCCAUCGCCUGUCUCUCGCCGCUUUCUGCAGACAUUGACACCCGACGCAGCGUGUUCCUGCUCGCUGAGAUCGUACAAGGAUUUGCGCUGGGCCUCGCACAAACAACCGCUCAGACAUACAUGUCUGAGGCGGUCCCCACCGCCAUGCGCGCGCCAGCCAUGGCGCUCAUCCCUACCCUCGCUUUAAUCGGACAAUUGAUAGGGGCUGUGGUGGUGUUCCUGGGCUCCGCAAAGACGUCCCGCAGCGCAUAUGUCGUCGCAUUUCACUCAAUGUGGCCGUUUUCCGCUGUGCCCAUUAUCGUGGCACUGCUCAUCCCCGAGAGCCCCGUGCAUCUCCUGCGCCAGCAAGAUUUAAUCGGCACACUCUGCUCCCUUCGGAAGUUGUACACGGAAUCAACCGACUGCGACCAGCUCUUCAAGAACCUGCAGCACCAUGUGUCGCAGGAGGAUCGGGAAGAGCGGUCCUCUUACGGCGACUGUUUCCGCGAAAGCAACCGACGGCGGACUCUGAUCGUCAUCUUUGCCUCAAUGGUGCCCACGCUGUUCGGGCUUAAUUUGCUAUCGGAUAGUAGCUACUUUCUGCAAAUGGUUGGCAUGAAGGCCAAAGAGAGCCUCAUCAUGCUGGUGCUGGGUAUUGCCCUUGCAUUGGUGGCUAAUGCCCUCGGUGUAUGGGUGAGCAGUCAGGUGGGGCGUCGAACUCUCAUUCUGACCUCUAUCGCCAUUACCACCGUGUUGUGGCUAGCGGUUGGAAUAGUAGGUUGCUGGUCGGGCGACUUCGUCCCAUGGUACACCGCGGCAAGCCUGAUGGUCAUCAUCGUCGUCUGCAGCGUCGGCGCCUGGCCCGCUUCAUACACCGUCAUCAGCGAAGUGUCAUCACUGCGUUUGCGAGCCAAAAGUAUGGGAGUAUCCAUCGUCACGCGCAGCGUCGUCGGCAUCGUAUUCAGCCUGGUGUUGCCAUAUCUGUACAAUCGCGACGCGGCGGACCUACGCGCCAAGCUGGGCUUUGUGUAUUUUGGACUCUGUGUCCUGGCCCUGGCGGGAACGUGGUGGGGUGUCCCAGAGAUGAAAGGGCGGAGCAGUGUUGAGAUAGAUUACAUGUUUAAGCUGAGGGUGCCAGCGAGGAAAUUUGGUUCAUUAGUGCAGGGAAAGCAGACUGGAUAG